CUAUAACAAAAAAGCUCCCCCAGUCUGGUAUCACCUCGCCUCCAACUCUCCAAGUCUCUUUUUCUUCAAUACCCAUUUGUUCUUCAAUUUUGACCCACACACAAAAAAUCCCUAAUCUGGUAAUCCCUAUCACCUCUGCUCCAAGUCUCGUUUUCUUCAAUUUCAUUGUAUUCUAAUCCCCAAGCUUCCGUGGAGAAGAUAAAGGAAGAUGGAAGAUGACGCAAGUCAAACAGCCAAUGUCAGUGGAAGCGCACCUAUUACUGAAUCUCUUUAUUCAACACCGGAAGUUGAGAAAGAUCCAAUGAAUGUGAAGAGGAAAUCUAUACAACCAAGAUCUUCUGCUUGGCCACAUUAUGAUAAGCUCAUAGAAUAUGGAAUUAAUAAAGCAAAGUGUAAAUAUUGUGGUAAAGUUCUCUUAGCUGAUCCAAUUAGAAAUGGAACAAGUGGACUGAAUAAACAUUUGAAAACUUUUCCUAAAAAUCCAAAUAAGGUUGACACUUCCAAUUCCAAGUACAAACAAUCAAAUUUAAACUUUCCAUUAGAAGGUGAAAACGGUGAUGGGGCAACUUGGACUUUUGACCAAGAGGUAUCUCGGAGGGCUUUAGUUGAGAUGUUAAUUCUUGAUGAGCUUCCUUUUUGUUUUGUUGAAAAGAAAGGUUUUAAGAAGUUUAUGAAAAAAAUCCAACCUUUAUUCCGAGUUCCCUCCCGUAGAACAGUGACUAGGGAUUGUUAUGUAGUUUUUGGUGAAGAGAGACAAAACUUUAUAAAGUAUUUUAAAGAAACAUCACCAAGAGUUUGUCUAACCAUAAACACAUGGACUUCUAUACAGAGAAUAAAUUAUAUGUGUUUGAUAGUGCACUUUAUUGAUAGUGAUUGGCUCUUGCAUAAACGAAUUUUAAACUUUCAGGUUGUCACUAGUCAUAAGGGUGACGAAACUUACCCGUUGUAUUAGUAAGUGUUUGCUUGAUUGGAAAUUGGAGAAAAUAAUCACUAUAACUGUAGAUAAUGCCUCUUCUAAUGAUGUCAUGGUGAAAGAGUUACACAAACAAAUAGUUAAUUGGGGAUCUAACAUGAAAUGUGGUAACCAUCUUCACGUGAAAUGUAUGGCUCACAUUUUGAAUCUUAUUGUGCAAGAUCACAUGAAAGAAGUUGGUCCAUCUAUCAAACGUGUUAGGCAAAUGGUGAAAUAUGUUAGACAAUCUGCCGCAAGGGUUAGAAAAUUUGUGGAAUGUUGUGAACUAAAAAACAUAGACAGUAAGUCAUUAUGUUUAGAUGUUUCGACCCGGUGGAAUUCGACCUACUUGAUGUUGGAUGCCGCACAAUAUUUUGAGAGUGCAUUUGAUAGGUUUGAUCUUGAAGAUGGUGGAUUGUCAACUUAUCUUGCUACUCAUGUUUGUGAAGAUGGAAGUAUUGCAGGUGUACUUGAAAGUGAUGAUUGGCAAAAGGUGAGAAACAUGGUAUAUUUCUUAAAAGGUUUUAUGAUCUAACUGAGAAGGUUUCAGGUUCACUUUAUGUCACUUCUAAUGGUCACUUUGAAGAUAUAGUUGAGCUUCACAAUCAUUUAAGAAAGUGUAUGGAAGACGAUGAUCCUUCUUUGGCAAAAAUGGGAGAAAAAAUAAUAGAAAAGUUUGUCAAGUAUUAGGGUGCUCCUGAAAAAAUGAAUAAGGUGUUUUUUAUUGCCUCUACUUAGAUCGUCGUAAAAAAACUUGAGUAUGUUGGCGACACACUUGAGGAUAUUUUUGGAGAUGAAAAGGGGAGUGAAAUAAAAGAUGAAGUGGUGAAUUACAUGAAAUCUAUGUUUGAAGAGUAUGUAGCAAAAUUCUCUAAUGCAUCUCGACGCACAUCUUCUCUCUCUGAUUCAUCGGGUCAAACAUCAGAUUCAUCUAGCUCUAGCACUAGCACAAAAUCAGCAAAAGUGAGAAAUAGGAUCCAAAUGAAGAGGAACAAACAAGAUGGUACAGGUUUGGGUGGUAAGUCGGAGUUGGAAAAGUAUCUUUGUGAAGAACUAGAGCUGAAUGAUGAUGAUAAUGAUGAUGAGGAUAAUUUUGAUAUCUUAUCAUGGUGGAAAGCUUAUUCUCCUAGAUAUAAAAUUCUUUCAGAGAUGGCUCAUGAUGUGUUGGCAAUUCCUAUUUCUAGUGUGGCAUCGGAAUGUGCAUUUAUCACCGGGGACCGUAUUCUUGAUUCAUAUACGAGUUCUUUGACUCCGAAAUUGGUGCAAGCUAUUAUUUGUCUUCAAGAUUGGUGUCGAAAUGAGCCUUAUCCCGUAAAUGUUGAAGAAGAAUUUAAUGAUCUUAUGAAACUUGAACUUGGUAUGUUUUUCAGUUUUUGUAUUUUGUUUUUAUAUUUUUUUACUUAGUUUAAUUGUUGACACAUCUUAAAUUCUUUUUAGAUAUGGCUGAUAGCUCAAAAGAUUCCCUCGUUCUUGAUUUGUAAUCGCAAGAUGCCUCAGGUAAUCUAUUAAUGAAUUGUUAGUUUAAGUGGAAUUGAACAAAGUAGCUUUAAUUUCGAUGGCCUGUUCAUUAUAAUGAACUUGGCUAUUUCACUGCCUCUUUACUGCCUAACUAGUUGGAAGUUUAGUCGUUGUUGGUGCAUUUAUACGCCAAGGAGUCUGGUUAAUUUGUUUGGAUUGUUGUUUGUUUAGUGUGGUCUCGAGCUUUGGACAAACCUUAAAUUGAGUAUUAGAACGAAUAGAAUGUUCACAUAGCUAAAACCUAACUAGUUUUAGAUGGUGACAUUUUUCUAUGUUGAUGUUGGUAAUAGUUCAC